AUGGGUGCUGUUAGUACAGGUGUUGUGCGCACGGCCUCACUUGUUGAGCAGUUGCGUGAGCGCAUGCGCGUCCACCAGCUGCAAGCCUACAUUGUGCCGUCUGAAGACGAGCACGCGAGCGAGUAUCCAUCCGAUGCCGAUCUACUGCGUGGCCACAUUACCGGAUUCAAUGGCUCGGCAGGAUGUGCUCUGGUCACGCUCAAAGAAGCACUCCUCUUUACGGACGGCCGCUACUUUCUGCAGGCGUCGCAACAACUCGAGCCGGGCGUGUGGUCCUUGAUGCGCGCAGGUGAGCCUGGCGUGCCGACAUGGGACGAAUGGCUGGUCGAGAACAUGGAGCCCCAUUCGCGUGUGGGUGUGGACCCCAAGCUGAUCAGCGCGGGAGAGGCUCAAGCGCUGCGUAGCGCGCUUGACGAAGCGUCGUCGUCGUCGCUCGUGCCGCUCGCAGAGAACCUUGUCGCGCAGGUGUGGACCGAUCGUCCAUCGCGGCCGCACGAGCCAGUAUUUGCCCUUCCAGACUCGAUCACAGGUCGUGCCUUCACGAGCAAAAUACAAGCUUUGCGUGAUGAAGUGCAGAAGAAGCGCGCUAGUGGCUUUGUUGCUACGAUGCUCGAUGAGGUGGCGUGGCUUUUUAAUCUGCGUGGCAGCGACGUACCAUUCAACCCCGUGUUUUUCGCAUUUGCGAUCGUGACACUCGACACGUGUACGCUCUACAUCCAUGAAUCGCAGCUCACGCACGAGGUGCGCGCGCACCUUGGUUCGCAUGUCGCGAUCCGCCCGUACGAGGCUUUUUAUGACGAUUUGCGUGCGCUCAAUGAGCGUGUGCUGAUUGGAAAGCGUGCAUCUUGGGCCGUGUACGAUGCCUUGGGUGGCAAGGCACGCAUCACGCGCUCGAUCCUCGUGGACCACAAGAGUAUAAAGAAUGACAGAGAGCUGGACGGAUUCCGCGAAGCGCAUAUUCGCGACGGUGCGGCGCUCGUGUCAUUUUUCGCAUGGCUGGAGGAGGCGCUCACGAGCGGGCAGACGGUGACUGAGACGCAGGCUGCCGACCAACUCGAGGCGUUCCGUGCGCAGCAGCCGGAUUUCCGGGGCUUGAGCUUCCCUACCAUUUCGUCGACGGGUCCGAACGGCGCUAUCAUCCACUAUGCGCCGCCGGAAAAGGGCAGUCCCCCUGUGGAUGCCAACGACCUGUACGUGUGUGACUCGGGCGCCCACUUUGCCUUUGGCACGACGGACGUGACGCGCACGUUCCACUUUGGCUCGCCGACGGCCGAGCAGCGCCGCUGCUUUACGCGCGUGCUGCAGGGCCACAUAGCCAUCGACCAGCUCAUCUUCCCCGUGAACGUCACCGGAUACGUCAUUGAUGCGCUGGCGCGCGCUCCAGGCUGGCGCGAUCACCUCGAGUACCGCCACGGCACGGGCCACGGCGUGGGCCACUAUCUCAAUGUGCAUGAGCCGCCCAUGGGUAUCGGCACGCGCGCGGUCUUUAAUGAGACCGGUCUGCAGGCCGGCAUGGUGCUGAGUAACGAGCCAGGCUACUACCUGGAUGGCCACUGGGGUAUCCGCAUUGAGAACCUGGUGAUUGUGCGACCACAUACGCUGCCCGACGGUGUGAGUGAGCCGCCGACGAGCAAAGGCUUCUUGCGAUUCGAGCACAUUACGCUGUGUCCGAUCCAGACGCGUUUGAUCGAUACAGACCUGCUCAGCCCGAGCGAAAUUGCCUGGGUCAAUGCGUACCACGAUGAAGUGCUCGCCAAGCUGCGACCGCGUCUAGAGAAGGAUGUGCGUGCUCUGCGCUGGCUUGAAAAAGAGUGUGCGCACAUUUAG